AAAAAAAAAUUGGUCAUUCAGUUUGGCAAAGCAUUUGCAAUUUCAUUUUUGAGCCUAACACCUUGAAUCCAGAAAGCAAGUGACCAUGGCUGUUCCAUUUCUUCCGUUUGUGCUUAAAAAUCUCAACUCCUUGAUCCAAAAUGAGGUGGGAUUGCUCUGUGGAGUAAACACGGAGAUGAAAAAGCUUUCAAGCACUCUCUCCACCAUCCAGGCUGUCCUUGAAGAUGCAGAGCAAAAGCAACUGCAAGACAAAGCUAUACAGAAUUGGUUGAAAGAGCUCAAUGAUGCAGCCUACGAGGCAGAUGACAUCUUGGAUGAGUGCACAACCGAAGCCCUCCAAUGUGAAUUGAAAGUUCAAGGUUAUGGUUCUGUCAAGAAGGUAAGCACUUCUUCGUUAACUUGUUAUCCUGUUCAAAAUGUUCUGUUUCGUCACAAAAUAGGGAACAGAAUAAAAGAGAUUACACAGAAGUUAGAUGCAAUUGCUGCUAAUCGCAGUAAAUUUCACUUGGCUGAGAGAGUUGUGGUGGAGACACGAGUUGAAUAUGAUGUAAGCCGUGAAACCAGCUCCGUUAUCACUGAACCACAACUCUACGGAAGAGAUGGAGAUAAAGAAAAGAUUGUCAAAUUUCUGGCCGAGGAUGUAUGUGAUAUUGAGGAUGUUUCUGUGUAUCCUAUACUUGGUAUAGGCGGUCUUGGAAAGACAACCCUUGCGCAAAUGGCCUUCAAUGAUGAGAGGGUCAAACCCCACUUCGAUCCUAAAAUUUGGGUUUAUGUUUCUCAAGAUUUUGAUAUGAAAAGGGUGAUCAAAGCAACAAUAGAAUCUGCAAUUGGAAAAGCUUGUGAGGCAGUUGACCUAGACUCACUGCAGAGAAAGCUUCGCGACAUGCUGAAUAGGAAAAGAUACCUGUGA